GCACAUGUCGGCUGAGUAAUCAGCCGCCAUAUUCUGAUUGCUGCAAUCAGAAUAUGUUUGGAACAUUGAACCUUCAGUACCUAGCAUCAUGUGCACCAAAGACAACAUUAAUGACAUUAAUUCUGCACAUUAUUCAAGUUCCACGAACAGGUCAAUGUUUCGACUUGAAGUUUGAUCAUGGCUCGUUUUGUCACACUUAUUCUGGUUCCUAAAUGGGAACCAUGAUAAAUGGGAACUGCGGAGGGGGGAACGUUUUCAGAAAAUAAUGCAAUUGACGUAGAAAUUCUUAAUAUACGUUGUGACUUUUAUCUCCAUAAUGCAUACCCAAGUAAAGAUUCUUAAUGGAUAGGCUUCUUCACAUAGCAAAGUGCCAAAUAGUGCCACCGCUAGUUUCCAACUAAAACAGUUUCAAACGAGACGAGACGCUCCCUGAUUGGCUAAACUGGCCGAUUGACCGUUAAUCCGCAUGCGCAUUAUCGAAAAUAAAAAAUGGACACGGUCGGAAACGUAUGCUCCGUUCAAUAUGUAAUCGAAAAUGGGAAGUUCCGAGUUCCAAGAGGGAGGGAGGUGCUAUUCUGAAAUUCGGCUCGUUUUAAAAGGUUUGUGUCCCGUCAAAUGACAUAGAAUUGUACAACUUGACUGCAUUUGUUUUGUGAUUGAAAGAAUAUCGUGAAGAUGAAUGCAAUGGUGCGCACCCGAAACGCCACAAAGAUUAGCUCUGACUUCCGAGGCAAAAUAAACGCAGCAUAUUAUUCAAGGAACACCAUAAUGUACCUCUAAAUUGAUGCCUUUGUUGUUUUCAGUACGCUCCGAAAAAUUGAGAAACGUUUUAUACGUGAGCUAGUAUUUUUUUUUUCUCACGUUACCUGGUUUUGGAUGUUAACGCUGCUUCCGUGUUACGACCUCUCUAUUUUGGAAAUGCAAGUUUACUAGAUGUGCAUGAAAGCAGCACGAGAAGGAAGAGGAAAGGAACAGCAGUUGUGGAUACUUUCCACUGAAAAUAGGGUAAGUGUGAAUGUUUUCUCCUAAAACAUUUCUAUAUUAUUCACAUUUCGUUACCAAGCUGUAGACCACGGGGUGAUUUAGCUGACUAAUCACAAACCUGAAAUAAGUUAACGUAUGCAGUUUUGCGGAUAAUUAGAAGUGUUUCUAAUUAUCCGCAAAGGGUUACUGGUGGGAAUUAACAGUGUGGUUAAGAAGGGGGGGGGGGGAAAGCAAUAUCUUUUAUGUAAAUGUCUUUAAACUGUGGUGUAGAGGAGGUUUGUGAGAAAUAAAGAUGUGGCUGUAAAGGCUAUCCUGAAAAUGCGAUUAAUGUUGAACAAAGCUUUGUUUAUAACGCAGAUUUAUCCACAGCUGGACUCCUGCCAGCUGUUCAGAUCAGUCCGGUGUUUGUUGGGUUGUGUGUUGUUUUUGGGGUGGUGGGAGCUGGCACUGGGCCUUUUAUUGUCACUGUAGCUGCUGGCCGUAACAAGAGGAGACACUAAACAACAUAACUGAUCGAGGUAAUAUGAGCUAAGUGUUUUCGGCUGCCUUCUUGUUGCUAAAGCCAAAUAUUCCCAGGAACAAACUGGUGAAUGUGGUGAGGCUUAGCUGCACAUUUGCAUUUAAUUUUCUCUUUUGUAAUCUAAUCUCUGAAUGCCUGGAUCAAUAAGUUACAAGCAACCUAGAGACACACACAGCUAAUGAUUUGGAGAGACCAGUUAAGGCAACAAUCAUAUUUUUGAACAGUGUGAGGAAUCCAGAGUACCCAGGAGAAAAAAAAAAACAAAAACACACAUAUGCAUAGGGAGAACAUACAGAAAGACCCCAUGUCAAUUUCUUUUUUUUAGCCAAUAACCUUUUGGGAAUCACCUUGUUGGAGCUAAAAUACUACCUUAUAUCUAUUUUUAAUGUUGUUCAUAGAUUGAGCUAAAACAAUAAUACAUAUUUCCAUAAGUAUGCCUGGAAAAGCCUGAAAGUAUCCCAUUUAAAGUUGGUUCUAGAAGAUGUCUGGCAACAUCUGUGACUGGUCGGUUAAUGAAGGAUUCAAUGAGCAGCUUAGCAAACAAAGACAAACAAACAAAACAAAAAAAUCCCUGUCUAAAUAUCUACUGGGCUCAAAGGAAAUCCUCCUCAUAAAGGUCAUUUGCUUUUUGUUUCCACCUGGGCUUUUUUUCCCCUCUAGGAACAAAAAGAGCGUUUAUGCAUGAAAAGUAAAGUCGUCUUCAGUCAGCCAGCCAGCUGACGCACUGCAAAGGAUGGAUAUGGGCCAAUUUCAAAACUGGACCUUUGUUUAAAAUGUUGAUAUAACAUAUCAUCCGUUGUAGCUGCCAUUUAAAAUUGCUCUGUUGCUAGAAGAUGUCUGGUAUGUGUAACGACAACACGGGCCCAACCCCUCAGCAGCUCAGCAAACAAGCAAGAACAAAAAAAAAACAAAAAAACACACCUGCUAAAUCUGGCCAGGUGAGAGACAGAAGCAUCCAAAGUCCUUGAGCAAUAUCAGAAUGAGACAGUUUAUAAAUGUUACAGACAUAAGGAUGACUUAAUGUUCUGCACAGUACCACAUGUAAAAAGUGUGGAAAGAUAUUAAAAUAAUAUAGCCUAGUUAAUGUUCUGAAAUCUAAAAAAACAUGUUUGAAACCUGAAAAUCUCAAAAAGUCAAGCAGAGUAAGGGUAAAUGUGCCAAAACAGAAGUUUUUAUGAUUGAAAAUAAUAAAACACUGCAUUUAAAACCCAGUUAAGAAACUUUAAAGGUUACUGCAGUUAAGGGAGAAAUGCUUACAGGGUCAGCCAUUUUGAAAAUCAUCACCUUCCUAAAGUAAUGGCUCAAGCAAUUUAGGCGAAAGAAAAAGAAAAUCACUUUUGGCGACGGAAGUGACACUGUUUUGUUGUUUUCAUUUUACCAGUAAAAAUCAGAACCGAGCCAAAACCUACUCAACAUUCUCACUGUUGUUUUACGAAGCAGCACAUUUUGAUUUUUUUCUUCUUUUUAUUAUGAUUGUCAGCUUUGUAUGACAAGUGUUUUAAAUUGCGCCCAAACUCAGAUUCUACUGAUUUUACCUUUUACGUUUGUCUUUUUCCUCCAAUCACACAUCGAGUUCUUGAAUUCCUCCCGGCAGGUGCGACCCCGUGGCGUCCCGUCCGCCUCCAGCGAUGGACAGCCUGGAGGAGGACCUGACCUGCUCCGUGUGCUACUCGCUGUUCUCCGACCCGCGCGUCCUGCCGUGCUCCCACACCUUCUGCAAGAGCUGCUUGGAGAACCUGCUGCAGGUGUCCACCAACUACUCCAUCUGGCGCCCGCUGCGCCUGCCCAUAAAAUGUCCCCACUGCCGCAGCGUGGUGGAGCUGCCGCCGAGCGGCGUGGACGCGCUCCCGUCCAACGUGUCUCUGCGAGCCAUCGUCGAGAAGUACCAGAGGGACAGCGAGCCGCGGGCGCCGUCCUGCCAGGAGCACUGCAGGCAGCCGCUCAACAUGUACUGCGUCCAGGACCGGCAGCUGAUCUGCGGCCUGUGCCUGACCGUCGGCCAGCACCACGGUCACCCCAUAGACGACCUGCAGGCGGCCUUUGUCAGGGAAAAACCAACCCCGGCGCUGCUACUGGCCAGACUCUCAGAGCAGAAGUGGAGUCAGGUGUGUGAGCUGGGGGAGCAGCUGGAGCAGGAGAAGGCGCGCUGCGACGCUCUGCUGAGGCAGGACCGGCAGGAGGUCAACCAGUUUUUCGUGUCUUUAGAGGAGGUGCUGGCCAGGAAGAAGCAGGAAUACCUGGAGGCUCUGAGCGAGGCUGCUGCAGAGGUGGCCGUGACCUACGACCCCCUCAUCCACAGAGUCAAGGAGCUCCAGGAGGAGCAGCUGGACCUGGUGUCUCUGGGGUCGUCUGUGGAGGAGGAAGACUCCCCCCUGGUGUUUUUGGAGAAAGUCCAUCAGUUCAGAGAUCGGGUGGAGAAGUUCAUCAGAACCCCGCUGCCCUCCGGGAUCAACCUGUCGGUGACGCCGCGCGCAGCAGCCUACCUGCAGCAGAACUGGCCCGCAGUGACCAUCAGCAGCCUGGAGCAGGCGCCGGUCCCCAAGCUGCGCUGCUGCACCAGAUGUGAUGGUGGCAUCGGGACAGAGACCGAAGCAGAGGCAGAGCCGCCCGUCACAGCGGCCUGGGACCGGUGGCGCCAGCUGCAGCCCACCGCUUCCGUAGCUCUGCUGGGCCUGCUGCUGCUGCUGCUGGCGGCGUUGUGGGCCAACCCGGUCGGAGGCGCGUCGCUCGGGUUCUCCCUCCUUUCCCGCCUCAGUCAGCUGGCCCAGAGUCUGAGCGGCAGCCUCGUCACAUCCGUGUGGGACACAAUGGAGGCGGAGUGCGCAGCGAUGGGGGCUGCAGUGCAGAGGUGGGGCUCGCAGCUGUCUGUGCUCAGAGACCGAGUCGUUCAGCAGGUGGCUGCUUUAUUUAAAACGUCGACGUCUCGCUGAGGAAGGCUGAACUGGAAACCAAUCUGUCUGAACGCGGUGCAGUCUCGUUUCCCCGUUCCAAAGAACCAAAACAGCCUCACUUUUGUUACUUUCUAAACAUCUGCUCGUUCCGAUUUUGCAUUAACAGGUUGAAGUUUCAACAUUUAAAAACCAAAACUACGUUGUGUUUUGUUUCUAAACAGCAACAGUUUUUUUUUUGUCUUUUCAGCAAAACAGGAAUUUAAUUAAGCCAGAACCUCUUCUGCUCAUUUCCUGUCAGCACAGUUAGGAGAUGAAGAGGAGAAAUGCUGCAGCAGCAGAUGUGCAGAAGGUUUUUUGUUCAUUUCCUGAGUGUUUCACUCUAUAAUCACACAUUAUGUAGCAAUAUUCAUUUUUGCUAAGUGUUACUUUCUUUUCAUUAUAUUACUUCCGCUCAUAAUAAAAGAAGCGGGAACUUGCAUCAGACUUUUCCAUGACAUUAUGGGAUACGUUGCAUGUGGAACAUAUCACACUAGACUGUUUACAAGUAAUGGACGAAUGUGUUACAUAAGGAGAGACUCCCAAUCCGUGCCUUUAAUUGUCCUGCCUUCCCAUUUCCUCCAGGACCAGCACUUUUUUUUUUUUUUUAAAGGAAAUGGUGCAUCUCAACAACCUGCCUCAGAACAAAGUCCAUCAUGGCGCCUUGCUGGUUUGAUGCAAACUGGGAUUUUGAAAUGUGGCAAAACCACAGCACACAGCCCUCUGAAUCAAAAUAAAUGUAAACUGUAAAAAUAUGUUGUAACC